AUGACCAUCACUCAGAAACGCUGGCGUCGGCUAAAUGUGGGCAUCGUGGGGGGAGGAAUCGUAACGAUACCAGGUGGCCUGGCAGCGGCCAUCUCCCUUCGUCGUGCCGGGCACACAGUCACCGUGUAUGAGAGAGCAAACUCUACGCGAGACGCAGGAGCAUCUAUCAGCUGCCCUGCCAACGGUUCCAAAUGGCUCGCGCAGUGGGGGGUGAAUAUCAGCCGUGGGGAGCCCGUCCGCAUACUGAAACAGAUUCGACGCGAUCUCGAGACCGGCGAGGUGGUUGAUGUGUUGAAUCUGUCCAGCUAUGCAGAUCUAUGGGGAUAUGACUACUAUAACUUCUACCGGGUUGAUAUGCACCGAAUGCUCCAUGAAACCGCCACUGUCAUCCACGGGAAAGGAGAACCAGUUGCAGUCAAAAUGAACCAUGUCUCCGAGGCCGUCGACCUUGAAACCGGCUGGAUCACCUUCAGCCAUGAAGCGCCAGUUCGGCAUGACCUUGUCAUUGGUGCCGACGGAGUCGGAGCAAGUCAUCGACCAUCUCUUUCCUGCGUCCGGCGCUCACUCGGAAUCGAACCGAAUCGCAUCAGAGCGACCUCCUCCUGCAUCCACUGCGUGAUAAACACUUCCGACGUGCACCGACUUGGAUUGCCAGAGAUGGCACGCAGCGAUGCCCUUGAAUACUGGGGGCAAGGGCUGCACAAGAUCGUCUAUUCGGCGUGUCGCGGGGGCAGCGUGCAGUCAUUCUAUCUCUUCUUUCCACUGUCGAGUGGGGACAGGGAGGAGGAUGCUGAGACCUGGCUCGAUGGGGGCACCGCUGAACAGGCCCUGCGACCAUAUCCGACUUUGGACCCGAAGCUCCGCACGAUCCUCACUCAUUCUGUAGACAUCCGGCCCUGGCGUUUGUUUGAACAUUCACCGUAUGCCACCUGGCAGCAGGGCUGCACGUGCAUCAUGGGCGAUGCCGCCCAUCCCAUGCUGCCGGACCAGAGUCAAGGCGCGUGCCAGGCCAUUGAGGAUGCAGCCGCCCUAGGGAUCAUCUUUUCGUUGGAGUAUACAUUUACCGAUGACAUCAGAGCCGGGCUCCAGCUGUAUGAACAGAUACGCAAGCCCAGAGCGAGCAAAGUUCAAGCGGCAAGCGCCCGGGCUCGCAAGAACCUCUCGGAGCGGAUUGGCUUCUCGAGUAAAAUGGAUAGUUCGCUGUACCGGGUGUCAGAUGAGAGCCAGAAGCUAACCAUUGAGGAAAUCAACAGGUUUGUUGUCGGUUUCAUUUGUGGGGGUGCGUUUGGUCCAUCUCAGCUGACAAAACGUUCAGGUACAGUAUGCAAGAACAUAUCGCAUCCCAAGUGGACCCGGCAUAUCGCAGCCUUGGGCCGGUUCCUAAAAAUUAUUCGUGACCUCAUUCGCAACUUCAAUGCACUAUAG